GAUACUUAGGCGUUUAGACUCAGCAUUUAACUUACUUACUAAUAAGGGUAAGCAGGUUUUUUCAAGUAUGGAAAGAACUAGAAUGUAGGACUUGUACUUGGAUCGCAAGAAUUAAAAAAAAAUGUUGACUAAAUGAGAAGAUGAACGUUGUUUACUAGGUCAGCGACAAUAAUUGUGUUGUGCAUUAGUGUUAAUAAUGUUGUGAUAGCGACUGAUCUAAUAGUGUCAUACGAGAUCCCUUCAAUUAAGAGACGGAGAUCAAACAAGCCAGAGACAGGAGUGCGGCGCGCGCACGCUGCGGCCGCGCCAGUCCGAGCGGACCCCGGCGCACGCCCGUACACUGCUCCACGCUUCACCACUUAAUCUUGGCGACGUAAAUACUGAAACACACGUCUCGCCACCACCGCGCCACCACCGCGCCGUCACCACGCUCUCGUGCCAGUUCAAGGACUCUACGUGACCACCUCGAGGUGCUAACAUAAAGGGCCUUCUCUGUCACGUAUACAAACCACCUGAUUUGUGUAACAUUUUUUAUCUAGGAUCUUUCACCUUCAACACAAAUAUCUUAUCUCGACCCAGCUUCCGAUUGGAUUGUGUUCGACGUUAGUGAACAUAUCGGUCAAUGAUUGAGUGAAACGUUAGAAUGAACUUUGGUAAAAUUCUAAAAUGAAGACGCGCGAUCGUCGAGCUAAACAAGAUUUUCGAGGAAAGCAGGAUAAGAAGGGAGUGAAGCAGGAAGUGUCGCGCAGCGGUAAACGGCACGCGAACUCUGUUGGUGCCGCGGAAUCAGCUGCCGCGGCUCGCGAGCGCACCAAGAGAUCCGGCGUGGAGGCUGUCAAGUUGCACCUGCAGGUGACCGGCGACCCCGGGAGAACAUCACGAUCUGCUACAUCUGUUCGUAAGACGAGCAUCCGAAUGACUGCUAUAAAGGAAUAUCCCUUCGACUUGAGUGAUUUACAAAAUCAGCCGAGCGUCGCCGGUGACACGCGACCUACGCAAACGCAACCUGCGCAAACGCAACCUGCGCCGACGCAACCUACGGUAGCGCAACCAAACCCACCGUCGAUCAAACCUCGCGUCUCUGUCCCCUCAUUAGAAGGAAAAAGAAAAGUUUCUAUCAUGGCUGAUGAAUCCAGUAAGGACCGAGAAAACCUCCCAUCGGAUAGGAUGUCUCACAGCAGCUUAAGUUGUCACUACGACAGCUACCUACCGUCAGAUUCAUCUCUCGAAACAGACGCACUCAACCGUCAUUGGAAUGGAAGCGUAUCAGCAAAAGCGGAAGGGCCUUCGCGCCGCAAAAGCAACCUUCACAAUGCCAUGGCAGCAGACAUGGACUCCUCUUGGGACCGCCAGACACACAUCGAGGGCAGAUUCAAGAAGUAUUCCACGACAUCAUCCGUUUACUCAAAGAAGGCACUAUCACAACAGAGCGAAUACAUUGAAAGAUCUUGGUGGUACGCGUGUUGUCAGAAGUGUCAUUCAGAGGACUCCGGUAUUCCCUCGUGGGAACCACCGAACUGGCAGAAGGUCUGCCCCUAUCCACUAUGUCCUUCAUACCGGCAAUUCGCACAAAACAUCGCUGUACUAAUCAUUGGCAUAUUGGUGUGGGUGAUCGUAUGGAUAGUGAUGGGCGAGACGGCUGCGCCUGGCGGCCAGCUGUUCUCUUUCGCCGUCCUGACCAUCGCCGCUUACUUUGGAGGAUGGCUCAUGCUGAAGAUCACAACAUUGCCAGCUCUCAUAGGAAUGCUUAUAGUGGGGAUCAUUAUGAAAAACGUCGGUCUCGUCAAUUUUGACGAGACCUAUCAACACGUUGCUUCCUAUAUCAGAAAAAUUGCUUUGACCAUCAUCCUAACGAGAGCUGGCUUGGACUUAGACCCGAAUGCUAUGAAGAAGUACUUCUUAACAGUGAUCAAGCUGGCGUUAGUUCCCUGGACAUUCGAGUGUGUGCUCUGCGCAGUCCUAGCUUACUUCCUACUGGGAUUGCCCUGGAAUUGGGCAUUUCUUCUAUCAUCGAUCAUUGCGGCUGUGUCUCCGGCUGUGAUCGUGCCGUGCUUGUUCCGACUUCGUGAGAAGGGCUAUGGUGUAUCCAAGGGUAUUCCAACCCUGGUGCUGGCAGUGUCCGGCGUGGAUGAUGCUGCCAGUGUCGCUGUCUUCGGAAUCGUCUCGUCCAUCAUGUUCUCCAGUGCUUCGCUUACUAUGAAUGUUAUUCAGGGUCCACUGAGUGUGAUCGGUGGUAUAGUGCUGGGAGUAUUAUGCGGAUACCUAGUAAAGUUCGUUCCGGAGCGCAAUGACGCCUUCUUGGUGCCCCUACGAGUUAUCUUACUGCUGGCUGGUGGACUGAUGAUGGUGCUCGGCUCUGAGGAAAUUGGAUGGGGUGGUGCUGGUCCAUUGGCGGUGAUCGCGUUCGCGUUCGUGGCUUGCAAGAACUGGACAGAUCUUGGCUGGGAGCUGGAAGACAACCCGGUGGCCACUGCCUUCGAAAUUUUCUGGAUGUUCUUCGAACCUAUGCUCUUCGCUGUAACUGGUGCUCAAGUUGUUAUCGCAGACCUGGAACCCCACUUGGUAUUGAUUGGUGGAGGUAUAUUGGUGACGUGUGCGGUGCUCCGUGCCAUCGUGACUAGCACCUGUGCCGUCCGCAGCAACCUCAACAUGAAGGAGAAGAUCUUCGUCGGUCUCGCCUGGAUGGCCAAAGCUACAGUACAGGCCGCUUUAGGACCAGUUGCUUUGGAUGAAGUGCGUAAAAUGGCCGGCGGAGAGCCCGACCCAGUGAUGAUAGAGUACGCAGAGACUGUCAUUACAGUGUGUAUCAUGUCGAUCGUGAUCACCGCACCCAUCGGAGCCAUCGUCAUAACGCUCACUGGACCCAAACUACUCUCGAGAACAACUAAACCACCUGUCUUGGAAGGUUGGCGUCGAUCCCACCGGCCGUCUAUUCGCGACAUAUCUAUUAUCGACGAGGAGGAGGUGGCGGAGCGCGACGCGGAGGCGGAGGCGGAAUACUCGCGGCCGAGCAGCCCGAAGGCCCGGCCGGCGGUGGCCAGCAGCACUCCAGCGCCCAUCACUGUGCAGCCCGGACACAACAGCUCUUGACUGCCAUAACUUCUACAACACUUCGAUCACUGCUGCCAUUCCAUUUGCGACCUUGUUCGACCCUACGUUUACUAUGAGCUGCUUAAUGGUCUCGUAUAAGUUAUUGAUACAGGGAUUUAGUAAGACGACGCUCACACGAAGCCGUUCUGUAAUGGAUGCGCGCUACAACGACGUGAGUCAUUUUGUUCGAAAGAUAUUCAAAUGCCUGUCUGUGCAUUAGCAUAACACAACAUGUGUACAGCCGUGUAGUCCGGUUUCAUCUUCAUUUACGAAAUUGGUACAGAGAACCUACGAAUAUAUAAAUUGCCUAGAGAUGCUUUUCAGUUACAGAGAAGUAAAGUUAUUUUCGUUAAACGUUUAUAUUAAACUUGCAUAUUUUUUUUAAUAUUUUAUGUUGAGCAAGACAUAGUACUUAACUCAGUGAAGUCGAGGUAUACCUAAAUACAAAAAGUUGAUAUUUUAUAAAUAUCUUUUAUAUUCAUUGUACACUGCUAUCGUAAAUAUAAAGGACCAGUAAAAUAAUUUCUAAAGCAAUUUACACCACUUUGAAGAUAUUGUUUCUUACAAGAAUUAGGUACUUAGAGAGGGUUUAGUUUAAGAUAUAGUAGUUGUAUAACGUUCAUGUGAUAAAGGUGUAUACUUAAUUAUUUGGUGUUAUAUAAAACCUCGCUAGUGAAGUUUUACUAUGAAAUAUUACCGCUGUAAGAACAUAUUUAACUUAUAAGAACUUUGUCUACUUUAUUCCUAUAGGUUUUAUUUUGCAUAGUGAUCAUCAGUAUUGCUAUUAUUUAUGAAAACGAUUUAGUUUAGGUAUCAGAACGAAUGUUAAUGUUAUUCGGUACAAACAAUUAUUAAUUACUUUAUGUAAGGCUCAAUGCAGCAUAUCCAUUGCUCAUUGUCGAUAUGUAUUUUAGGUAAUUAGGUAGUCUGUAUAUUAUGUGUAAAAAUGUUUCUUCACCUUAUAAUGUACGUAUGGAUAUCUACGUACUGAUUAGUUUUGUAUAGUAUCAUUUGUAAAUAACACCCCAAGUCACAUUUUUAUGUAAGUACUUAUAUGCAUCGUGGAAUUCAAUUAUUUUAGAGUGAACUGUGGGACCAAUUUAUUUUUGUAAUAAUACCACAUUACCGUAAUUGAACCUAAAGUUGUUAUAACUAAACAGACAUCGCUUAUCACGAAGUAUUAUUCUACUAUUAAAUUUAAUACUAUUUACUGUUAUUGUAAAAUCAACAAUGUCUGUUUUCUACACUAUUAAUAAAAAAUUAUAAUAUUAUGUAAUAUAAAAAAUAAUUGUUUCAAAUAUCAUGAUGAAAUUAUCGAAAAAAGUAUAAAAGCAAUAAAAUAUUUACAAAGACAUUCGAUUGUUGUACGUUUAUUUUUAGUAUUAAUUGUUUUCCCGCCUGAAACAUCAACUUACAAAAUAUUCUCUCUUGAGCUAUAUAAUUUCUUAUUAGAACAAUAUUGUGUGAACGAAAAUGGGAGGGAGAACCAUGGCCAGUCACCAUUUGUUUUUGGCGUGAAUCCCAGACAGUUCACAUUCAAUCUCUGAGUAAACAAUCCGCUCAUACCAUUAUUAUAGGUCACGGUUAUUGUCAUAAACUACGCACAGACACAGACCAAUAAAUUCUAGACCAAACAGCCUCAUAAAACGUUACGUAAGUUUGUAAAACUAAUAAUACUGGCCGCUUAAAAAGAAAUAUUUAGCUCCAAAAACUAAAAAAGAAAAAGGUUCAAUAACAUAGCAUUAGACCAUAAAGUCUAAGAAUAGUUUGGA